AUGUAUAGGCUUUCAGACGAGUCUGGCUCGGACGGAACCGGUUUCGACUUCUUAGGUCUCAUGAGAUCAAAUUUUGUCCAGCUUGACAUGAUCGACUUCACCAGAUCAGAGGAGCUGUUUAAGAGAGGUUUCUAUCAAGAUCGAUUCCGUUUGAAGACUGGCUAUUUCGCGACAGAAGACAUGAUUGUGGGCGUUGAUGUGCACCAGGAAAAAUUUGCAGCGCUUCUCAAACAGAUGCGCUCUAUCAGACCGUUCCCAGAACCCUCGUUGAAUCCGUGCGAUAUUCCCUUUGACGAGAUGAUCCUCUUGAAAGUUGACUUGCAGGUAAACAUAUACCAAACAAAAUUUGAGCUUAAAAAAGGACGUCCACAACUUUUAACGAAUACGUAUAUCGCCGAAACGCUUUCCAAUGAUCCUGCUCUCAAGGACUUCCUGAAAAGGGUCCGUCAAAACGCUCCACCUCUACUGCUGCCAAAACUAGAGUCGCGUUACAAGCUUAGCGAAUAUCUGAAAAAAUCACGAAAACACAACAAACUAGAGGACCCUGAGGUGUUCCAGGAGGCGCAUCCCGCCAAGCCUGAGCCAAUUGAGCCAGUCAUUCCUGCAGAACUGCCGAAAAAGAAACUCCAAACCAAAGUUCCUCGUAAAGAGCAGGCUUCCAAUUUUGUCCCGGCAGACGCGGUUUUGGAAACAGUUCUGGGCAGCCAGCAAUCUGGUCGAAAAAUUGCACACAGCGUUAGUACCGGCCUACCGGAACCACAACCAGAACCAAAAGCACCCCCUGCCGUCAAGAUCGAUUUCAGCCAGCUGGAAUCCGUGAAAGAAGAGCGCGUGGUGGUGACUGCUAGAAUAAUCGGCUACCUUCCGGACGCGACUGAUCUAGUGGUACAGAAUUUACGCGACAAACUACUCAUCAGAGACGAUUUCCGCGUAUACAUCAGCUCGCCAGACGGUCAUUUGCAGUACGCGGUUGAUUUUGAGAAUACUCGUGCUAUACUCCGAUUUUUCAACCUGCGAGAGCUGGAACCCGAUACAGCUUCUCGGAUCGACUUCAAGAUCAUCCAGGCGAUCUCUGAGCCCGUGGAGACUGGAUUCAAGAACAAAUUUGGUGCCCAUGUCGGCAUGGGCGGCGGAAUUUACAACGCUGUAACGAACGCAAUGAACGUGGGCAGCAAUUCAUUUGCGCUGUUCCUGAAAAAUCCUAAGAGAUGGGUUUCUCCUAUGGUGAGUGACGAAGACGCGUCGAAAUUCAUUGAAUUGUGCAAAGAGUACAAUUUCAACCCGCGCACAGACGUUUUGCCGCACGGAUCGUAUUUCAUCAAUCUAGCCAAUCCAGAUCCAGAGAAGGCCAAGCAGUCGCUCGAGUGUUUUGUCGAUGAUUUGGUCAGAUGCGAGAAACUCAAUAUUGGCCACUAUAAUUUCCACCCUGGCUCUUCAUUAGGAUCAGAUCACGAAGAGUCUUUGAAAAGACUGGCAGCAAACAUUAACCAGGCGAUUGAAAGAACCAGCUUUGUCAAGAUUGUUAUAGAGAACAUGGCCGGACAUGGAAAUCUGGUUGGUGGAGAAUUGGAAGACAUCCAGAAGGUGAUUGCACUAGUUGAUAAUAAAAACCGCGUCGGCGUUUGUGUUGACACCUGUCACACUUUCGCUGCUGGCUACGAUCUACGUGACGAGGAAGCAUGGGAUAAGUUCUGGAAAGAGUUCGAUACCAAGAUCGGAGCUCAGUAUCUGAGUGCGCUCCAUAUUAAUGACUCAAAAGCUCCAUUGGGGGCAAACAGAGAUCUGCACCAGCGUCUUGGGUGGGGGUUCUUGGGCCUGGAGUGUUUCAGAUUGUUGGCCAACGACUCUCGGUUUGAAAACAUUCCUCUGAUUUUGGAGGUUCCUGUCGAGCCUAAAGACGAUUCUGGGUUUGGUGAGGACAUUAAGUUAUUAGAAUGGCUUGUUGGGAAGUCAAAGGACGAUAAAGAAGUUAUCGAGAAAAGCAUUGCUCUACAGAAGCUAGGCGAGAAAGAGAGAAAGGAGCAGCUAGCGAAGUUUGAAAAGAAGAAAGCCAAACCUGCCCCCAAGAGAGCCAAGGGACAAGCUACGCUUACGAGCAUCACCAAAAAACGCAAGGUGGAAGUUAAGGUGGGUCCAGAAAGCGACCCCCAAAAUAGUCAAGAGUCCACUGUACAGAGCAAGAUGACGGUAGCUGGCCAAGGACUUGUGGGUCAGAAGUCCUCCUGCUGUGAGCAUACCAGAGAAGACGGCCACCCCGCCGGCCAGCAUCAUGGUUCCGUACCGUUUACCAAACUCUCUGGUAGGACUGAUGGAGCCCACGCAGGAAGGGCCCAGACUCAUGACUGCCGAGUUGGAAAAUCCGUACAGAACGGAAUAACAAUAGACACUUUGGAUGCUGCCAGCGUACGUCGACCAUCCCAGCCAGAUCGCGAGAUUGACUGCCGACGCAAACAUAGUGAGGAAGAUCAUGACAUUGUAGCAACCUAUGCGGUCUGCAAGAACCCCUGCUACAUAUCUGCCCAAAAUUCCCGAUGCGUUCAUCACUGUAAUUGCUGUGUUCGCUGUGGUCUCAGUGAAUCCAAUGUACGUGACCUGAAAUCCACAGAUUUUCUGCUCAGGUCGUACAACCUGGAGAAAAACCGUGUGAUCUUCUGUGUGGGUGUUGUGGCCUCUGUUUCUUCAACUUUGGCGUUGGUGUAUCUUUCUUUGAUCAGGAAGCUGGAUAUCGCAAGCAAGGACGUACAGAUAAAUGCGAAUAUUCUCAUGCCCCACCUGAAUCCAACUGUAGAGAAUAACUUGUUCAGUAACAAUGGGAACACUAUACCACCCACCGACCCACCCAGUGUGGCCACUCCAAAGGCCUUGGACCGGUUACGCAGGAACCAGUGA